CAGCUAGUGCACUUGUUUUCACAGGUCAAAUAUUCUCAGGUACUGAAGGUGAAGGCCCAACACUCCCUAAGUUGCAAAUCAUAAUAACUACAAGGACGCGAUUUAUUCUUCUAGACUUGACUCCGUGGGCGUGGGCAAGGAUACUCUCUAAAAAAAUAUGGGUGGGAUGGAAGCAGCUGUAUUGUCUGUUGCAGUAUCUGGAAUAUUGAAGAUUGUGGGCAGCAAGUUAGCUCCACUACUAAUCAAAGAGUACAGCUCUAUAGUGGGUGUGAAGAAAGAUCUCCAGGAACUCCAUACUCAAGUUCUGGAUAUCAACAAUUGGUUGGAAAAAGCAGGAGAUGCUGUUACACGAAAUAAUCCAUCGUCUAGUUGGCUCGAAGAGUUGAAAGAUGUAGCUUACGCUGUUGAUGAUGUUGUCGAUGAGUUCCAGCUGAAGGCUGAGAAGCAUGAAGUUUGUGGUGAUGGUGGUAUUGUGUCCAAAUAUAUGUUCACAAAACCAAAAACAUUUUUAUUUCAAUGCAAGGUGGCCAGCAAGAUCAAGGAAAUCAAGAAGAGAUUUGCUGCAAUUGUGAAGCGAAGAACUGACUUCAGUGCAAUAGCAAAUAGUGUACCGGUUGACCAUCCUGCUUGGCAUAUAAACAAGAAAAAUGGGGAUAUGCCAUCAUUGCCCAUUGUGGAUGAUGCAUUAGUACUCGGAAGAGACCAAGAGAAGCACCAGAUAAUAUCUAAACUGAUAGAGACUAAUGACCAACAGAAAAUCAAGAUAGUUUCUGUCAUUGGACUUGGCGGGUCUGGAAAAACUACCUUGGCUCAACUGGUUUUCAAUGAUGGUAAUGAUAUAGAGAAGCAUUUUAAAGUUAGAGCAUGGGUUCAUGUGUCACAAGAAUUUGAUGUUGAAGAGCUCAUCAAGAAGCUAUUAGUGGUGAAAAGUCUGAACGCUAUCCCUUGCAGCAAAUGAGCAAAACAAUAUUAGACAAAUUUAACGGAAAGAGGUUUCUGCUUAUAUUGGAUGACGUUUGGGCCUAUUCCCAACUUCAGUGGGAAAAAUUCAUGGUACAUCUAAAGAGCGGCACACCUGGAAGCACAAUUUUACUCACUACUCGCAAUAGAAAAGUUGCAGAAAUAGUGGGAUCCACAGACCAAUUUGACUUGCCAUUGUUAUCUGAGGAUGACAGCUGGCGACUGUUCCAACAAAAAAUGACUGCAAAAGGUUUAGAGGUGGUUUAGAGGUUGGAUUUG